AUGCGAUGUUAUCUGCGUGCAUUGCUCCUGUGCACGGCGUUUACCUUUUUUUCAUCUCUCUACGUGUUCAAUCAUCUCGCAUCCACCCUGGGGGACACCCACGGCCGGGGAUUUAGCGAGUUGAGGACACCCAGCGGAGAGAGUCGUGAUAGGGCGAACCUUCUCAGGAAAAGCCCCGGAUUGACAGGCCGUCGAAUUCGCGAACCAAACAGGUGUAAAUCACUUUCAGUCUCUGACUGGAAUCUGUUUUGGAGAGUGCCUGCUGAUGUUUGUGGACUGAACUGCUAUUUGGAGUCAUCCUUUAGGUAUGAAUGACUUUUGGAGGAUUAUGGCAAUGAAGGCAGUCACCUGGCUGUGGUGGCCUGCGGCCCCAGGCUGAAUGAGACCCUCAACAUGCUCAAGUCUGCCAUCCUUCUCAGCAGAAAGCCUCUAAAGUUUCACAUAUUUGCCGAUGACGAGCUUCAGGGCAGCUUCCAAAAUGCGCUGAACUCCUGGCCGAGGUCUGUUCAGACCAAAUUUAACUUCACCAUCUACCCGAUCACUUUCCCCAGUGGGAAUGAAAAAGAGUGGAAGAAGCUCUUCAAACCAUGCGCCUCUCAAAGGCUCUUUUUACCACUGAUCCUGAAGGAGGUAGACUCUUUGCUGUAUGUGGACACAGAUAUUCUCUUUCUACGGCCUGUGGAAGACAUCUGGGCCUUCUUCUCUAAAUUCAAUGCAAGCCAACUCGCUGCCAUGGCCCCAGAGCAUGAGGAGCCACGUAUCGGCUGGUACAACCGCUUUGCCCGCCAUCCUUAUUAUGGCAGCACCGGCGUCAACUCAGGAGUCAUGCUCAUGAACAUGACACGCCUCAGGAAGACUUUUUUUAAGAAUGAUAUGACUUCAGUGGCGCUGCAAUGGAGUGAAAUACUCAUGCCCCUCCUUCAAAAAUAUAAACUUAACAUCACCUGGGGGGACCAGGACCUUCUCAACAUCAUAUUUCACCACAAUCCAGAUUGCCUCUACGUGUUUCCCUGUCAGUGGAACUACCGUCCAGACCACUGCGUCUAUGGUCUCAACUGUCAGCAAGCUGAGACAGAUGGCGUGUUCAUUCUCCAUGGUAGCAGGGGAGUUUACCAUAACGAAAAGCAGCCAGCGUUUAGAGCCGUGUAUGAGGCCAUCCAGCAGUACCCCUUUGGCGAGAACAUGGAGACCUCACUGCUUCAGCCACUGGAAGUGUCACUCCAGGCCACUACCCACUCUUACUGUGGACGGGUGAGCCACCUGUUGACUAAGCGGCUCAAACAAAGUAUUGCAUCUGUUCAACAGGAGAUCACAAGGGGAAGAUGA